ACAUCAAGAGGCAAAACUAGCAUUAUGGAUGAAAUGAAGAAAUCAAUUCUUGCACCAAGUAGCAACAGACGGGUGAAUAAUGGAUAUCUUAAAUAUGCAAGUUUAGUCAUAUUAACGGUCCAGAAUGCCAUCCUGGGUCUCAGUAUGCGAUAUGCCCGCACCCGAGAUGUGGAGAUGUUUUCCUCGGCAGCUGCCGUACUUUUAGCAGAGUUAGUAAAGUUUAUAAUCUGUACCGUUCUUGUGAUGCACGAGUCGGGCAGUAUUAAGGGAGGUGCCCACUCAAUAUAUGCCACAGUGAUAUUAAACCUGGAAGACACUCUGCGAGUCUGUGUCCCAUCCUUCUUGUAUAUAGUGCAAAAUAAUCUACUUUAUGUCUCCGCGUCCAACUUGGAUGCUGCAACAUACCAGGUCACAUAUCAGUUAAAAAUAUUAACAACGGCAUUCUUUGCCGUAGUUGUAUUAAAACGGACUUUAAAAAGAUGGCAGUGGUGUGCUUUGGCAUUACUAGCCAGUGGCAUAGCGCUGGUCCAACUUUCAUCUGAUAAUGGAUCGGGAAAAGUAGCAGCUACACACUUACCACAGCAAUCCCGGAUUCUAGGAUUCGGAGCUGCUUUAGCAGCUUGUUUUAUAUCAGGAUUUGCUGGUAUCUAUUUUGAGAAAGUCUUGAAAGAAUCAGACAUAUCAGUGUGGAUGAGAAACGUUCAGCUAAGUUUGCUGUCGCUGCCAUUUGGGACAGUAACUUAUCUAAUAAAUGAAGGCUCGUUGAACCACCUUCUCAAGGGUUUCGAUGGAUUCGUCUGGUACUUGGUAAUAUUGCAAGCGGCGGGAGGGCUUAUAGUCGCCGUGGUUGUUAAAUACGCUGACAAUAUAUUAAAAGGUUUUGCCACUUCCGUGGCCAUAGUAAUAUCUUGUGUAGCGUCUAUGUACAUAUUUGAUUUCCACUUGACUUUACAGUUUACGUUUGGUACUGUAUUAGUUAUUUCAUCUAUAUUUCUUUAUGGAUAUGUACCUAAAAAUAAAACUGAAGUUCGGACUUCGCUGAGUGUUUAAUCAUUAAUCUAAACCUUAAGUACGUAACGUUAUUUAAAAGCUCAUAGCUCAUAGGCCCUUGUGCUAAGAAAUUAAUACUGGAAUUUAGUUAAUAAUAAAUGCCACUAUGUAAUA